UCCUUCUUCUUCCUCCGAUCCCCCCCACCCACAGGAAUAGCACACCUAAUCCGAGCAGGAAAUUAAGGAACCCCGCGCCGCCGCACCCGUUGACCGCCCGGCGGAGCGAUAUGCUCCACGGCGUCAGGUUCCUGUGCUCCGCCGCCGCCGCCCUCGCCCGCCUCGCGCACGCGAUCCUCGGCAGCGCCAGCGGCUGGUGGGCGCUCCUCUUCAUGCAACUCUGCCCCGGCCCGACGUCGGCCGCGACCACCACCGCCACGGCGGUCCCCGCGCCGUGGCAGCAUCUGCAGCCCGGGAGGGCGGCGGCCAGCAGCAAGAAGGUGCACCCUGCGGCGCUAGCCGUCGACGAGAAGCCGGCCGGCUGUGGCAAGGACCAGAUGCCCGCACCGGCGGUCGUUCUUCCGGCGUUCAAUAAGCAGCAAGGGGAUAAGACGGCCAAGGUGGCGCGGGGGAGACCGCCCAGGCUGGCCAUACCGCCGCCGGUGGCCUGCGCUCCAGGCGUCGACCCGUUUGGCCCGGCGGCGGACCGGGAGACUGACGUGGCGACGGAGCUGGAGGUGCAGGGCGAGGGGUUCUGCCUGGCGAGCAGGAGAGGGGUCAGGCACGCCAUGGAGGAUGGGUAUGGGGUCAUCGCUGAUCACAUCACUCAAGGAGGCUCCCGAUUGGCCUUCUACGGUGUGUACGACGGGCACGGCGGCCGCGCGGCCGUGGACUUCGUCGCCGACAAGCUCAGCAAGAACGUCGUCGCCGCAGUCGCCGCCUCCGCCUCGACGAUGGCGAGCCACCGGCAACAGUCAGGACUACUGCCAAUGUCGCCGCCGCCGCCGCCGACGGGUGAAGAAGAAGAAGAUGAGACGGAGCAGGUCGUGGCGGCGAUCAGAGCGGCCUACCUGACCACUGACAGCGAAUUCCUGAGCCAGGGCGUACGCGGCGGCGCAUGCGCGGCGACGGCGCUGGUGAAGGACGGCGACCUCUACGUCGCCAACGUGGGCGACUGCCGCGCCGUCCUCGGCAGCCGCGGCCGCGUCGCCACCGCGCUGACGAGCGACCACACCGCCGGCCGCGAGGACGAGAGGCGCCGCAUCGAGAGCUCGGGCGGGUACGUGAGCUGCGGCAGCGGCGGCGUGUGGCGCGUGCAGGACUGCCUCGCCGUGUCGCGCGCGUUUGGCGACGCGUCCAUGAAGCCCUGGGUCACCUGCGAGCCCGAGGUGUCGCGCCGCCGCCUCACCCCGGACUGCCGAUUCCUCGUCGUCGCGUCCGACGGCCUCUGGAACAAGGUGUCCUGCCAGGAGGCGGUCGACGCCGUCUCCGCCGCCGCGUCGUCGUCCUCCGCCGCCGUGGGACCGUGCAAGGAGCUGGUCGCCUUGGCCAGGAGCAGGGGCAGCCGGGACGACAUCACCGUCAUGGUCGUCGAUCUGCAGCGAUUCCUACAAUUAUAGUGCAUUGAGACCCACAGCCAGAUAUAUAUGGAGUAUAUCGAUCCAUUGGAUCAACGAAAGACAAGAUUCGUCAUCAAAUCUUCGUUUUGUCUCUUUCAUCAAGGUUUUUUUUUCACUUUCAUAUUUUGAUUUUACUGUAAAUGAUUUUUCAAGAGAAUGUACGUAGUAUGAUAUAGGUCCUGCCUUCCGAAGAGAUUAAUUAGACUGGACUCGUCGGAAAGUGCAGAAGAGAUUAGCGUGACGUGUAAAAUAGCAUUGAUGAGCUUUUGAUAAAA